UCUUCCUUUCUCUAUCCUGUCAUCUCUUUACCCACAAAACAAAUUCUAUGUUUCCAUAUUUGAGUCAAAAUUUUAAUAUCAUCCCCAUAUACUUUGGGUAAUCAACAUCAUGGAUCCGAAUAUGAUGCAUUACCUUAAACCUGCCGAAAAUCCGCACCUGGAUGUGAAGUACUUCCUGGCCGUUUACGCCUGCAUGAUCGUGAUGAUCGUCUGCAUUUCGGUGGGCUUCCUGCUGAUGGGCAAGGACUCAAUCGUCGAGACGAGGAAAGAGCGUUUGGAGGCCAAUCCUGUGAAGCAGACCAGGUUGCCGCACCAAGAAGCACGUCGCAGAAACAAUUCAAUUGUCUAAUGGGGCUUUUUCCUAUACGAUUUGUUGUUGUUGCUGGGGGAAAAUGCAAUCGGAAUCGGUCUUUU